AUGCAGUUGGAAGAUACUAUAGAUUUGUUACAGGAUCAAGAACUUAAGUUCAUAGACUUUGAGAAUAGUUUGGAUGUGUUGCAGGGUUUAUAUAACUCCUUAGUUGAUCAAAUUAACAGAUUGCAAGUUUUAAGUCACCAGUCAUCGAUGAUUCAAGAGCAGGUCAAUUGGGUAGAAAGGAAUGUGUCGGAAUCUUCAUCUGCCGCACAACAAAAAACAGCUAAAAAAGCUUCUGUGAGUAAUGAGGUUACUUGCUCUAUUGAAACAUCAUCCUCCUCUACUGCUACAACUUCUACUUCAACUCAACCCCCUCUUGAAAAUGCUAGAAGAAACUUAAUCUCAGCCUUUAAAGCUACUACAACUACCAAAACUCAAGCAACUUUCUCUUCUAAUAUCAAUAACAACAACAAAGUCCCCCAACCUUCUAAUACCUUCACUAUCAAUACUCCUCUACCCAAGCCUGUAUAUAUAUCCAAAACUCAAACUCAACCAAAUCCUCUAACCCCAAUACUCCAACCUCUAACUACACUACUAUCCCAAGUCUCUCACUCAAUAGAAACCAACGCCAAAUUAGUAAAAACUAAAACUCAAUUUAAUUCCAACCCACAACCUCAAGUUUCUUAG